ACUCUGGACGUCGUGGUAGUGAGUCCUCAUUGUUUUACUGUCAUUGAGUGUCAUUACUGUCAUUAACAGUGUCAUUACUGUCACAACUCUGUGAAGUUUAAGUUCAAGGAUUCGAGUUGUUUUUCCAGGUGGACACGUGGGCGGGCGCUGAACAGUUUCAGUACUCUACCGGCUUCGCCGACGCACAGACGACCGCUAAGCGCAACGAACGACAAGAUGGCUACCGGGCCGAAGAUAGUCCACAAGCAGUUCAACUCGCCCAUGGGCCUGUACUCACCGCAGAACAUACAGGAGACCCUUAACAAACACCUCAAGAACCUCGACAACGGCACCACGGGCAUCGACUUUCACGACCCGAUGACGGGCAAGCCCGCCAACCUCGCCAACUCCGCCGUGCUCAGGAUGCUCGAGGAGGAGGAGAGGAACCGCAAAGGCCUACCCAAACUUGAUCCCACCCAAAUCCAAGCUAUUCUGGAGAACCUUGUGCACGCAAACCACCGGUUCGAGGACUGCUGGCCCCCGAGCAAGGCAAAGCCUGAUCGUAAAUGGGACGGACAGAUUAAUUCCACGUCUUACGUAUUCCCCGAGUUUAUGAAGGCGACUAAAGGCCAGAAGAAAGUGGUGUGGCCACCAGUCCCAGAGACCAACGGCUACCACUCAUCACAGCAACAGCAGAGUCCCGCGUACCAGAACAACGCGAACCCCUCACAGUACUUGCAGCAGCAGCAGCAGUACUCGCAGCAGCAAUACUCGCCACAACCGCAGUACUCGCCACAACCGCGGCACUCUCCGCAACCGCAGUAUUCUCCGCAACCGCAGUACUCGCCACAACCGCAGUACUCGCCGCAACCGCAGUACUCUCCGCAACCACAGUAUUCUCCGCAACAACAGUAUUCGCAACCGCAGUACUCCCCCCAACCGCAACAGCACUCCCAACCGCAAUACAACCAAGCGAAACCCGCGUUCAGCGAGGGCCGGCGUCAAGAGGCCACGGGACUUAGUAAGCUGAUUCCCGUGGGGCCCGGUGUUACCGCUUCCCCAGCCCCUCGCCAGGGGCCGCUGUCGCCCUCCGCGCAGCCCUACCGCCAGCAGCAGAGCCGCUGGGCACCCGUGCCUGCCCCCGCCUCGCCUCAGCCCACACAGCAAAGGCCACAGUACCCGGAGGCCCAGUACACGCCGCAGUACGACUACCCUCAGAAAACCUUCUCCCCGCCGCCCACAACCAUUACGCUGCGCCCGCAACCGCCGGUGCACCAGAAACCACCACCAGUCUUCGCCAGCCAACCAGCUACAGCGUCCUACGGAGGCGGCGUCAACAUGCGCGGAGACCAGAAGUGGCCCCCACAGUCGGUGAAGGAGGCGGUCGCGGCUGAGAACGAGGCCAGGAGGAUGCUGGCUAAGGGACCGGCGUGCAGGCCCCGCAAGGUGAAAAAGGACUACACAUCGUUCUUCCAGCAGCACGCCUUAAACCACAACUACACGAGCUACCGCGUGCCCCCCGGCACACAACACUUCGAGGACCACUCGGGCAGAUCAUCCUACUAGACUAGACGCGCCGAAGGCCGAGCGCCUGUCAUACUCCAUCUCAUUAAAAAAAAACAAAAUGGGGAAGAUUUUGUGACCAGAGAGCGCUUUAUAUGAUCCACUAUAGAUAACCCGGUGAACUUUGUGUCACUUGCCUCCCAAAAUAAACUUUCCCUGGACUAAUACGAAUAUUUCAAGACUAAAAUUAGCCAAAUCGGUUCAGCCGUUUUCGGGUUUUAACUAGACUAACAAAAUUUUAUUGUCCCACUAGUGUUACGUCACCAAAAAAAAGAAAUCACCGAUAAUGAUCAUAGUAAUCGCGACAUCUAGCGGUAUAAUUUGGCAAAAAUCUUUCCCAUUGGUCGAGGAAGUACUUGUAAAGACUUUUGGCGUUAAAGUCUUCGAGCAUGUACCGAGGAAGGUGUAAAUUAAGUUAUAUUAAGUUAGCAUUAAAUAUUUAUCGAAUGCGGCCCCGCCGUUUACGCUUUGCUUAUUAACUGUAUAUACGAAAUAUAAGCUCUCAUUUCUUCUACGUCAGCGAUACGCUCCGUAUUGGCUUAAACUAGUCACGAAUAAAUUAUUUUGUAUAUAAAAAUAAAAAUUCAAAUUCUAAUAUCGUUGUAAUUUAUACUAUAAAUUAAAUAAAAGUUUAAAUUCUCA